ACCGCGGAGGUGUGCUGAAAGGGGGGGAAAAAAAAAAAGAAAAAGUGCAGCUCCACAGUUUGGAGCACAGCCAGUCGCAUCAGGCUGAGGAGAAAGAAGCGUUGAACACUUCUGCACUCUAUCCAUCGAGCAGGACAAACCCGGACAAAUUCGCAGGUCAGAUGGAAAGCAGUGGAAUGAAAGAGGAAUAGAUGGUGGAGAAGUUGAGCACGUGCUGUUUGCGGGUACAGUUUUGGACGGAGACAUGGUGCGGGGAAAGGGAGAGUUGGCUCUGGCUGUGGCUCUCGGGCUACUCGGCGUGUGUUUAGCGGCCAUGCAGCAAGCCGCAGCUUUUCCUGCCUGGAUGUUUGAGGAAGAAGCUCACAUGUCUGGCGUUUUGAUCAUUGGGAUCCGCAAAGACGCCCGGUCUCACGUGCUUCACCUAUCCAGGAACAAGCGCUACACUCUGACGCCGGAGAAACUCAAGUGGGACAAAUUCAAGCUAACUUACAAACUGCUGUCAUUUCCGAGGAACCUGAUGAAUGCCAGCGACACGCGCCGCGGAAUCGCCAAGGCUUUUGCCAUGUGGAGCGACGUGUCUCCUUUCAGCUUUAGAGAGGUGCCCGACGAUGACGAAGCUGACAUCAAAAUCGGCUUCUACCCAGUAAAUCACACAGAUUGUCUGCAGUCCUACCUGCAUCACUGUUUUGAUGGCAUCACAGGUGAACUGGCUCACGCUUUCUUCCCUCCUACCGGAGAGAUCCACUUCGACGAUGACGAGUACUGGAUUUUGGGGAACAUGCGCUUCAGCUGGAAGAAAGGGGUCUGGCUGACUGACCUGGUGCAUGUAGCAGCUCACGAGAUCGGUCACGCGCUGGGACUGAUGCACUCGCAGAACCCGACAGCAAUAAUGCAUCUCAACGCCACGCUGACCGGCCGCAAGCUGAUAACGCAGGACGACGUCUGGGGACUCCAGCGACUCUACGGUUGUUUGGAUAGAUUAUUUAUCUGUCCUGCUUGGGCCAGGAAAGGCUACUGCGAAAGCAAAAGGCGGCUCAUGCAAAAGCACUGCCCCCACAGCUGUGAUUUCUGUUACACGUUCCCUUUUCCUACCGUCGCCCCGACUCCAAAGCCACCACGGACCAAAUACAAGCUGGUCGCUGAGGGAAGGAAACUUACCUUCCGCUGUGGAAAGAAAAUCGCAGCAAAGCAAGGAAAAGUGGACUGGUAUAAAGACGGCGAACUGCUGGAGUUCUCUCACCCUGGCUACAUCACCCUGAAGGAUGAUCACAUUAGUAUCGUGGCUAAUGCGAUCAACGAGGGUACGUACACCUGCAUCGUACGGAAGAAAAACAAGGUUUUGACAACCUAUUCGUGGAAGCUGCGGGUGCGCUUCUGACCAGGUCGAGCGACUACAAUAAAAUAAAUACUGACGGAAACCACAGACUGGUUUUGUCCAAGAUGAGUGCUCCAUUCUCUAAAAAAAAUAAAAUAAAAAAAAAAAAGUCUGUGAUCAAGUGCUGUAUAUGAGGAAAAGGAGGAGAAAUGACAUACGACCAAAGGCUUACGUUCACCCCGGCACCAUGGAACCUCAGAUACUCGGGCACAUAUUUCCUCUAGAUCCAUACAAAAGCUAUCAGUAUUCUGACGUCAGGGUUUUUGUCUUUCUUCCUUUUUUUUUGUAAAUUUGUUUCCUUAGGUUCUAAAUAAAAAAUUUAUUCUUGAGAA